AUGGCUCAAACCAUGCUGCUUACUUCCGGCGUCUCUGCGAACCAAUUCUUGAGGAACAAGAGCCCUUUGGCUCAGCCAAAAAUUCACCAUCUUUUCCUUUCCGGCAACUUUCCGGUUUCUCUACCAUCUCGAAGACAAUCAUUCGUUCCUCUCGCUAUCUUCAAACCCAAAACCAAAGCCGCCCCCAAGAAGGUUGAGAAGGUGAAACCAAAGGUUGAAGAUGGUAUCUUCGGAACAUCUGGUGGGAUAGGUUUCACGAAGCAGAACGAGCUCUUCGUUGGUCGUGUCGCUAUGAUCGGUUUCGCCGCAUCGUUGCUGGGUGAGGCGGUGACGGGGAAAGGUAUAUUAGCACAGCUGAAUCUGGAGACAGGAAUACCGAUUUACGAAGCAGAGCCAUUGCUUCUCUUCUUCAUAUUGUUCACUCUGUUGGGUGCCAUUGGAGCUCUCGGAGACAGAGGAAAAUUCGUCGACGAUCCUCCAACUGGACUCGAGAAAGCCGUCAUUCCUCCGGGGAAAAGCGUUCGAUCUGCCCUUGGUCUCAAAGAACAAGGUCCAUUGUUUGGGUUCACCAAGUCAAACGAGUUGUUCGUUGGAAGAUUGGCACAAUUGGGAAUAGCAUUUUCAUUAAUAGGAGAGAUUAUAACCGGGAAAGGAGCAUUGGCUCAACUCAACAUUGAGACCGGUAUACCAAUUCAAGAUAUCGAACCACUCGUCCUCUUAAACGUUGCUUUCUUCUUCUUUGCUGCCAUUAACCCUGGCAAUGGAAAAUUCAUCACUGAUGAUGGUGAAGAAGAGUAA